CCAAGUCAGGCGACCGACCCGUUGCUUCCUAUUUGCUUGCGCCUCAAUUUGCGGCAAUUGAAGAUGAGCGAUGAAUCCGAGCCAGAUGCUUGGGCCUGAGACUGCGACGGCGACUAGAGCCGCCUCCAAGUCGUGUGCCUCGCCAGCCGCUGGACUCAAUUGUAUUGAUUCGCCACCAGUUGCCGCCAAUUUAUUCUGAUCGCAGCUAGUGCGCAGUUGGGGACAUCUCUCGCUCUCGGACUCAAUCCCCGACAGAGUAGGCCUAGAGGGUUAUGCCGGUUCCGUCUCAAUUUAUGUAAUCAGUCGUCCGGAUGAAAUCCCCUUGAGCGGACCACUAGUGCUGUACUUAGUUGAGUAUACUCUUACAUAUAUUUUUAUAAGCAAUGGACAGAAUGCCGGAAGAGGACGACGUAUCCCCAGUGUCGACGGCUCCUGCCACGCCGACACCGCCGCCGUUUAAGAUGCUACCGCUUAUUAUGGACUUUGAGGAUUUUAGCAUUUGCCAGCCUGCGCCUUUCUCGUACGAUGACAAGGCCAUGCUGGAGCUCGAGAGAUGCGACUACACACAGAGAAUCACCUAUCAUAUGGCCAGAGCUGGGAAGACGACGCGCAGGGUGCGGGUCUAUGCAGAUGGCAUAUAUGAUCUGUUCCACCAGGGCCAUGCCCGCCAACUGAUGCAGGCCAAGAAUGUGUUUCCCAACGUCUAUCUCAUCGUGGGCGUGUGCAAUGAUGAGCUGACCCUCAGGAUGAAGGGACGCACGGUCAUGAAUGGAUUCGAGCGCUACGAGGGAGUGCGUCACUGCCGCUACGUGGAUGAGAUCGUUCCGAAUGCUCCGUGGACGCUAAAUGAGGAGUUUAUCGAGGAGCACAAGAUUGACUUUGUGGCCCACGAUGACAUACCCUAUGGAGCUGGCGGAGUCAACGACAUAUAUGCUCCACUCAAAGCGAAGGGAAUGUUCGUGGCCACCGAGCGCACUGAGGGCGUGUCCACGUCGGACAUUGUGGCCCGAAUCGUGAAGGACUACGAUGUAUAUGUGCGCAGGAACCUGGCCAGAGGCUACUCAGCCAAGGAGCUCAACGUCUCCUUUCUCUCCGAGAAGAAAUUCCGUCUGCAGAACAAGAUGGACGAGCUGAAGACACGAGGCAAGCGGGAACUGACCAAAGUCAAGGUUGACAUCAUUACCAAGUGGGAGGAGAAGUCGCGCGAGUUCAUUGAUGCCUUCCUGCUCCUGUUCGGCAGGGAGCGGCUUAACACCUUUUGGAACGAGUCCAAGGGCCGAAUCAUUCAGGCCCUCAGCCCACCAGGCAGUCCGAAUGGCUCCGUAAACGGUGACGAUCCAGACGCAACAGACGACUUAGACUCUGAGGAUGAGUACAUGGAGCUGCCACCAGACUACGGAUCCGCUAGUUGCGGAUCCCUUAGUCGAAAACUAAAGCGCCCUGAUAAGGUGAAUGCCUCAGCAAACCUCAAUUACUCGGAGCAACCAGAACAAAGGGAUGUCGUAAACGAGCGACGCAGCGACUAAAGACGAAUUGGGCCCUUCCUAUCAAUUAAAACGUUAAUAAAUUUGUUUGCAGUUUAAUGGAACAGCGCAUUAGGCACUUUUAUACCUAUUUAAAAGAGCUACCAGAAAAAGUAUGCGCUUAAAAGACAUUCCGAUAAAUUGUUAAUAUUCCUUUUGCCAGGAAAGUAAAAAAGGCGUUUAUUUCA